ACACACGGGAAAGACCCUUCACAUUUUUGGAAGAUGGCGACUGCUGAACCGGAAACUUCAACAAAUCCAGUGAGUUCAGAAGAAGAAAAAGAUGACGAAAAUAGGCAAGAGAUUGUAAAUCUUGAAGAUUAUAUUAAACAUCCUCUGCAGAAUAGAUGGGCCCUUUGGUUCUUUAAAAAUGACAAAAGCAAAACAUGGCAAGCUAAUCUCCGUCUCAUCUCAAAGUUUGACACAGUGGAAGACUUCUGGGCGCUUUACAAUCACAUUCAAUUAUCAAGUAACUUAAUGUCAGGAUGUGACUACUCCCUCUUUAAGGACGGCAUUGAGCCCAUGUGGGAGGAUGAGAGAAAUAAGCAGGGUGGCCGCUGGCUAAUCACCCUUUCCAAACAGCAACGCAGAGCCGACCUGGACCGCUUCUGGUUGGAGACACUUUUGUGCCUUGUUGGAGAAUCAUUUGAUGACCAUAGCGAUGAUGUGUGUGGUGCUGUCGUCAAUGUUCGAACAAAGGGAGACAAAAUAGCAAUAUGGACGACAGACUAUGAGAACAAAGAUGCUAUUGUACACAUCGGGCGUGUGUACAAGGAAAGAUUAGGUGUGCCAUCAAAGGUCAUAAUUGGAUACCAGUCACAUGCGGACACAGCCACUAAAAGUGGUUCCACCACAAAGAAUAAGUUUGUUGUUUAAGGAGCCUUCUUAAGCACAAUACUGCAACAUCUGAAUCUUUGAAACUGUCCUGUGAUUCAACCUUUUCACGUGAUACCACAAGGGAAUAAAUAAGGAAAUAAAAAGCCUUCCCAUGUGAUGGUGGGGUAAAGCACAAUCAGAGGAUUUUUGUAUUUACGAAACUGUACAUUGUAUAAAUACAGAGCCAUGUUCUUUUUUUUAAUGUCAUUGUACUAUUAAGGGAUCUUUUGCCUGUAGGGUUGGGGGG